AUGUCGGUCGCGUUAGACAUCGGGACAAACAAAGGCGCGUGCGAGCCGAGUGAAAGAAGUUCACACAGCGAGUGCCGAGCCAGUGUGGCGUCGACGAAAGUCGGAUGUGAAAACGGUCAUAAUUCACGCGCGUACGACGAAUUGCCUUAUUGCAAGGCCCGCGCAGGGCGGGCCGGAGAAAACACACACACACUGACGCGAACACGUGCCGACGCGUCACACGUGAAAUGUCAACCGGCGCGCACACACGCGCCGCGGCGGCGG